UGGGCCAUUUCAUGGCUGCUAUUCGUGCGAUUACUAUCUUCAUGAUCAAUGCCUUAAUAUUCCUCGCUCUCUUCAACACACUUCUCAUCCCUCUCACCCCUUGACUGUCUUCCCAAAACCGAUGUAUUCGAGUAAAUCAUUUUCGUGCAAUGCAUGUGGAUCAAUAGGCAAUGCCUUCAGUUUCAGUUGUGCACACUGUGAAUUUGAUCUCCAUAUUCACUGUGCAAAAUUGCCAGCCAAAAUACUUCUUGAAAAGCACCCGCAUGAACUCAAUCUCUUAUUCCACUUCCCUUAUGAGGAUAAAACCGUUGUCUUUGAAUGCGAUGUUUGUCAAGUUAAGAUGAACAGAGAUCAUUGGUUGUAUUAUUGCGCUGAUUGUGAUUUUGCGGCGCAUUUAAAUUGUGCUACAGGUAAAGUUGCUCGAAAGGAAGAAUUGAGUAGUUCAUGUAAUAAAUAUUUGAAGUCUGCUACUCGCAAAGUUGAGGACAUUCAGGCAGUCGAUAAAGCUCAAGAAAGGGUAAUGGCAGCUAGGGUUCAAGCUCUGCUGAUGGCUCAAGGGAGGAAUGCUGCCCUCGAUUUGAUCUGACUCUGGAUCUCGCCGCCAAAAGUAUUAUUAUUAUUACUAUUGAUAUGCUUUUAAUGUUUCAAAAUAAAUGCCUCUCACUUCUCAGUGUCGGAAAUGAGAGUUUCUAUGUGUUUUGUGAACUUUAAUUAUGUUACUUUCAAGUGUAAAAUGGUCCCAAUGGGGCUUAGUUUAAAUAAGUUUGCCUCUGUUCAAUUUUCUACUUAUUUA